GGGGGCAUCGCACGUGGCGCCCGCCGGCCUGCCGGGGGAAGGAUGGGCAAGUCGAAACAGCGGGCUGCGGCGGUGUCUGCUGCCUCGCGGAGGGGCGUGGUGCCAAGCGCCAGCAAAAUGAAGAAGAAAACCAACUCAAAACCAAAAUGCCUGAAUGAGCAAGAAAUUCCAUAUCGAUUGAGAGAAAUCAUGAGGAGCCGUGAUGAACUGAGGAACCCUAAGAGCAAGAAGAAAAAGAAAAUGGCAAGCAAAGAGAUGCCUAUGCUGGAGAGUGACAUACCAGUGCCAAAAUUCAGAAGGCGGACAGGGGAAACGGCAUCUUCCUAUGUCAGGCGGAUGGAGCGGGAAACGCAACACGUGCAGUUCCUUACCAAAAACCAGCUACAGCGUGAACCUGAGAAAGAAGAGCCCAUUCAAGAGAAGUCCAAAAGGAAAAAAGAAUUUCAGCAGAAGAAGCUGGAUAAAAUCCAAAAGCAAAAAGAGGAGAAAAAAAUGGCAAUGCUAGAAAAGGAGUUCCUGAAAGAUUCAGUGAAAUUUGGAGAAGUUGCUUUGCAACCCCCCACCCUUACAGUAAAACCAAGAAAAGGUGUCAUCAAAGACAAGGCUGGCCAGAGGCAGCUUCUGCUAACGUCUCUCUUGGGCUCUGGUAGAGCACCCUCCACUCAGAAAGCCGCUCAUGCAUCUCUGGCUCGCCAAAGGAUUUUACAGGAGGAGAGAGAGCGAGUUAUCCAAGCCUACCGGGACAUAAAGCAACGCAAGCAACAGCAAUUGAUCAGGAUGCAGCUUGAUAUGGACAAACUAAAGAAGCCAGUCUGAGUUGUUGGAGUGCUUCUGCCAUUCCUAAACAUGGAGCAACUUCGUACAAGCACACAACAGCAUCCGGGUCUGUCGUGCAGUCAAGUGAUCCUGUUUUGGAGGAGUCUAUCCAGCCAACUCAGCAGGCUGAUAAACUUGGGAGAGUUUAUGGAUGAGCAUAUGUUGCUCCUAGAAGUAGUCUGGAUGCUUUUCAAGGCAUUUUUCUUGGCCCAGCUUUGGAACUGCAUAACCAGCAAAAAUUGUUUCCACAGAGGAUCAGCAUCUCUGUUCCAGGAGCUCAAGAAUGGAAACUGCUUCUUGGUCCAAUCCUGCCUGGAAAUUUUUGUUGAACAUUUUAUACGCGUGUGUGUGUGUGUGUGUGUGUGUGUGAGAGAGAGAGAGAGAGCGAGAGAGAGCGAGCGAGCGAGCGAGCCAGGGUGGUAUAGCAGUUAAGAGCACAGAACUGGGACUUGGGGAUCAGGGUUCUAGUCCCCACUCAGCCAUGAAGCCAACUGGGUAACUUUGGGCCAGUCCUAGACUCUCAGCCCAGCCUACCUCACAGGGUUGUUGUUGUGGGAAUAAAUUUGAAGGAAGCGAGAGGGGAAUGAUUUGGAGUUCUUUGUAAGAAAAAAGGUGGGGUAUAAAUGUAGUAAAUAUUCAAGUUUGCAUUUUGGGAGGUGAACAUUUUUUCUAUGUGACCUCUCUGGCUUACAAAAAUGUAAUGUGAAGUACUGAAAAACUAUCUCGCUGAGGUGGAUGGAAAGAUAAAGAUCUGUCUUAGAGUACUGUUCCUUAAAUGCAAAAUGAAGCACAGUAGAGAUGUGUGAGGAUGGCCCAUGUCUCAGACAAGAUACUAUUAUUCUCUUAAGCCUCUCUGUGCUACUUAAGAAACACAAUUCUUUCAGGCUCUCUUCUGCCCUGGGUCAGCCUGCCACAUGAUCUCUGGAGCAGAAGUGGAUCACGCACCCUUCUACAAGAAAUGAAUUGAUUAAAUCUUGCUUCCAGACAGAGUGGUUACCUCUUCUUUCCCCAUCGCUAGGAAGCAUGUCUUGUCCUGUUCCUCAGUUCUUGUUCUAGUUGCAAGGAGUUGCUUCCUCACUGAGACCAGCACUUGUCUGGAUGGCAGUUUCCUGGGAUAGGAACACCUGUGGGAUAAGUCUGGCAGGGUUUCUGGGGUAGGAUGGAAGAAGCUGUGCUCCUUGCUUGGAGAAUUUUUCAUUCAAGCUUGUAGUACAGAGCUGAUGAAGCUGUCAAGCACAGCUAAUGGUGAGGAUGAUAGGAAUUGUAGGUGAAAAGAUCUGGAGUGCCACAAGUUGCUCAUCUCUGCUAUAAAAGGAGAACAUUGGCUUCCCUGCUUUCAAAUCCUGUCCCACUUGCACCUGGGUAAGAACCGAAAUAAACAAGAGCCUGUGCAUGAAGGAAACUGACACAGUCAAAUUGUCCUUUAAGCCUUCUGUGUGCAAAAACCAUGUUGCACUUUACUUCGCUGUGCCAAAGCCCUACAGGCAUCUUGCACACAACAUCUUUCCUUUGCUUCUUUAAGAUUUCGGUCCUCUUCAUUCACUGCCAGGAGAAUAAAUAAACAUACUUUAUUUUAAAUGAGAUGGCAUUAAAAAAUGGGCUGCUGGUCCCUAAACAGAAAGGUGGAUAGGAGAGUGUAAAGCAAGCUCUCAUCCUGUGUAGCACAGAUCUGUCAAUAGGUGGCAGGAUGUGCAUACAAGCCCUGUGGAUUCGUGGCUUGGCAGCGGCUUUGAAAAGUUUUUAGUCUUUAGGUUAAUAUAGCGGGAGCCAAGCAGAACUCUCCCGUGUACUCUCACGGAUUCUCCCUGCAUCUUUUGAAUUGAUCUAGUGUGGAAUUAGGCUUCAGGUCUUGGCUCAGUGCUUGAUGCUCUGAGAUCUUGGCUAAACUUAAGGUAGCGUGAAAUAUUGGUCUAGUCUCUUUGAAUUCCUCAUAUGCUUUCUCUUGAAGCAUUUACUGUGCUCUAAUCCCUGCAUACCAGUGUUUUCCAUUCCUUGUUGCUGAACGCCAUUUGAUUUGUCUGCAGGUUAUCGUUGAGGUUUCUACAGCUGUAGAGUCUGCGAAGCUGCUUGGGGAGGUUGGGAGUGUGGGGAAGAGAGAGGGGCCUGCAUGCCAUUCAGCUUUGUUUAUAUGAGUGAGCACCCCGAGGCAUGAUUUUAUUCACUGUGCAGCAUCUUUACUCAGCAGAGAGCAAGUAUGUGUGAUAAUGUCACCUUGCAGCGCAAUCCAAUACAUUACUUAAUUCUGAUUCAGACCUGCAGUGUUCCAGGGAGACCUGUAAGCAUGCUGGAGCAAGUAUGCCUCUGAUUGCUGUCUUAAAGCAACUGACAGAUGGUGUCACAAUGUCUGGAGUAGAAAAAUGGAUUUGUGCUGCAAAUAAAAGAACUGGUGCUCCAUUUGUUGCAAAGAACAGCACAGUCCCAAAUUGUGAAGAUGAUGGUUUUGAAUAGGCGAUGACAGUAAAAUGCACUAGUGAGCUUUUGACCCAUACAGAAUUCUUAUUGAAAGAAAUAUUGUACAGUCAUAAGAACCUGCUGCCCCACCAAAAAUAUUGGAUAUCUAGUAAUAUCUGUAGCUCAUCCUCUGCCUUUGAAAUGCAUUGAGGUCAUUGUUUCAAAAGGUGAAGUGCUUGGCUAGCCACUGUCUUUGGUAGCUCAGAUCUCAAGUAUGUUACAAUAACACAUGGCUGUGCUGGGGCCCUGGCAGGUUGUUCACCCCAGGUUUAAAGAAAAAAUAUUCUUACAUGCCUGCAAGAUACUCUGAGUUGACUUGGACAAUCAGCUUGAGCUGAUCCUAACAGUAUCAAUGCUGAAGGCUGAACAUCAGAGUUCAAAGCUGAACUUCUAGAAUUCUGUGGGUAAAACACACAGGCUUUCUUAGUAAUGGUAGAGCGAAGCUAGCCAGUGUGUUAACAUAAAGCUAGGAAUAAUUUUUAUUAGAUUUAUAUCCCACUUUCUUCUAAUAACAAACUCAAAGCAGCUUACAUCAUUCUUCUGCUUUCUAUCUUAUCCCCACAACAACAACAACCCUGUGAGGUAGAUUGGACCUAGAGUCUGUAACUGGCCCAAAGUCACCUAAUUAGCUCCAUGGCUGAGCGGGGACUAAAGCCCAGAUCGUUUGAGUACUAGUCCCACACUCUUAACCACUGCAUCACACUGGUUUCCUAUUUUGGGUGACAGUUAAAGAAAGUUCAUAGAAGUUUGGGUAGAUUUAUUUAGAAGCUGGAUGAUUCCUCACAGAAUAAAGGCCCAGCUUCAGAUUUGUUUACUUUGUUGUAAGGUUACACUGCUAAAUUGGUAAAUUUGAUAUUCUCCCAGUCACAUCAAAAGCAAAGGGAGCCAUGCUGGCUUUGCUUAUUUCUGCAGUGCUCGCCUGAUGAAGAGAUCUCAAGAUCUUGAAUGCUUCCCCUUGCUUGUUAUGCUUUGAUUCACCAAAUAAAGGUCAUAGACUAACAGGUGUUAAUUUCCAAGUAAGUAUGUUUAGGAUUACAGCCUUUAUGCCUAAGGCUGGAGUUCCAGUAAUGGGUGUGCAGAAAUAAGUAUCAACAUCAAUUAAGUCUCUGCAAAACAUGCAUAGAUAGAUUCUGUGUGCCCCAUUUUAAUUGGUGAUGCUUAUGUAUAUAAUCCUAAAUAGGUAAAAAGUAUUUGAUGCUUAGUCUAUCCUGAAUAUUCCCUGUAUGUCUAUGCAUGAAAUCAAUUCAGUACAAGAUUUUAUCUUAUGCCUAAAACAAAAUAGGUAACUAGGUCACAGAGUGUAUGACUAAUGUAUUAGAAUCACUGGUGAAUUGGUGAGCUAACCAGUAGGAGUAUAUAUACAGUGAGAUAAGAACUGCUCAGUGGGAAAUGGAUCCAGGAAUCCUGGAAGUAUGUAUAUGAAGAAACAAAACCAUUUUUCUUUUGAAACUUUGAAAGCACUGUUCAGAGUUAUCUGUAAAUUGAAUCUGCUACCACAGUGGGUAACCAGGAUCUGUAGGACCUAUCUUCAUUGUCCCAGUCAUUUUGAAAUGCUGGAGGAGAGGAUCCUUAAAAUUGUCCUUUUAAAAUCACAGAAUAUGGUUCCUGGUUGACCAAAGGAUAGCAGUAGCACUAUCAAGAUUAAAGGAUUAGGAACAGAAUAAAGAGAAGAGAUCCGAUCACUAAUUUUUUGAUGGCAGCUAAAAUCAUGAUUGUUGAGUACCAGCAAUCUCCCGAAAAUCCAUCAAGCAAAAAAUGGCUGAUAAAGGGGCUGGUGUUGGCAAAAAUAGGCCACUUAUCUGCAGUGGUUCAUCUGAAGGAAGGGAUAGGCUGAAAUGUAAGAACAGCAUUGUAGAUCCUGGAUUAAUGCUUUUCACAGUGAAAGGAUGAUUAAAGUAUUACAUAGUAAGAGUGAGAACGAUGAGUCAUAGGCAGUCAUUGGUCUGCAUAGAGAGGGGUGGGUGAAUGCGUGUGUGUGUGUGUAAGAGAAAGAGAGAUUAUUGAAGAGUUUUUUGGGGUUUUUUAAAGUGAGAACUGGGAGCAAGCUGCCUUCAUAACGAGGAACCCUUUGCUGACUUGGGAAAUGUUCCAGCCUGGUGGCUCACCACACGGGCAGCUGUGCGCAAAGCCACGGGCUUCCAGAUCUAACACAAACAGCUCUUGACAAUAUUCUGUUUUAAAUGGCUGAGUCUGUAAUCAGUGCAGGUGAUUAGCAUCUGGUUUGAAAUUUCUAGCCCACCCCUCACUUUGUGGUGCUGCUGUUAAACAUGGGUUUAUCCUUGUGCCUACUUCCCUACAAUGCAAUUGUAAUUGUAUUGUUCAGCCUUUUUAUGGCAUGAUCAUUUUUCAGUUUUUCUCUUUUUAAAGAGACCCGUGGCUCAUAGUUCAUGCAAUUUAAUAUGCAAGUCUUAAAGGAAAACCUUAGAACACUGCUUCAGAAACCAGUGGAGCCUGCAACAAAAUGUGGCAGCGUGAAUGCUUCUGUUCAGUGUGCCAGGCCCUCUUUCGCCAUUCCACCUCCCCACUUUCCUGGCACUUCUCCCACCCCUUCACCACCAACAUUCUGUGGUGGUUCUGGCCUCCCCAUUUUUAUGGUUUUGCAAAUCAUGGAGUUUCCCCUAAGCCCUCUGUUUUCUCCCUCUCAUGGGUCAGUUUCUGGGGUCUCUAUCCAGAUUUGAGUUUUUAUUAGUAUGACAAGAUUAUGUUGGAAAGAUGCUGAGAUUCACAGGAUCGUGUCAAUACAGAGUUGAGGCACUUGAGAGAAAAACUUCCUUAUACAAGGAGGAAGUGGUUUCAAAAGGUGGUUCAUCUUAUGUAUCCUGAUGCGAGAGCAUUCGCUUGACUGUAUUUUAGGAAUGCACUCUGCCCUAAGGCUCAGGAUGCAUCUCGCUCAUUUUAGCCUGGAUUUGACAGGGUUUAGACAACAUAACUCAGAGUCAGGGCUUAAAUAUGAGCUGUGGUUGAAUCAUCAUUGGUUACUGCUGAAAUGUGGGCUAUUGCUUUGCUCAGUCCAGCUAUUAAUCACAAACACCCCAUGAAAUAAACCAUGGGUUGUGGAUGCCGAACUCUUCACCAUGGUUUGCUGCUUCACUGGGUUCAAGCAACAUGAUAACUCACACAUAACCCAUGUUCAGCCCUUGUGUGGGUGUUAAUUGUGUUCCCUGAACCCAGUCUUUCUGGACAUGCGUUUUUUUGCUGAGUUUGUCUGCUUUGCUCUAUUUUUCAAGCUGAAAAUAUCCUAGGCCCAAAUAUUUUAAGGUGUUCUUCUUUUAGUUCUUGCAUUGUCUGAGACAUAACUAAGAGGACAGGGCAUAUGUAAGAGGAGCUUUUCAAUGUGUUUGUUUAAGUAUCAGGUUUCUGAGCUAAGUUGUGUUUGCACAGGUCACAGAAGGGUUUGGGGUUUUCUUGCUAUUUUUCAGUCUUGUUUACUGGCUUGUAGUUCCGCAUAAUCUUUUUGUCUCCCUUCGAAGAAGCGUUAUGGCUUUCCCUUCAGUGUGAGCAAAUCCCUCCGCCCUCUCAGACUGAGGCUGUGAUUGAGAACACGUCUGCGACAGCACAGUAUGGAUUGCUAUGAAGCCGUGUGUGGAAUAUGCAUAAUAUGAGAGUGGGAAACGUGCAUAACUAUAAUUUUAAAAAAUCAGCAGGUGUCUAAUGACAUUGACAAGUGGCAUGAAAGACUAAAUGAGGUUUUCUCUUUUCCGGUACCACAGACAACUGACAUGUGGAUUGAGCUGCCCAAUCAACAUUUCAAAAAUAAGUGACAUUUGAGUUUGAUGGUUGCCGUACACUGUCUACAGACUGCCAUCAAGAAGGGGUAAUUUAAAAUGCAGGCAUAUAGGCAGUGUGUUUGGAGAAGCUGUCAUGCUCUAGAAUGCGGGGCAUUCCCUUCAACUUAAGCAAUUUCUCCUUGUUCAUAAUCAAUUUAAAGUGAGUCCUAACAAAGAAUACCUAAGGCUGGAAAUCUGAAAGGUGAAGUGGAAUGAAUUUUCUGGGCUAGAUUGUUCCACUUCAGACUGCAAUGGGGGGAUUUCAGUUGUAUUGUUUUCUAUUGCUCCCUUCCUCAGUUGUAUUUGCAUUAAAAAGUUCUUUCUCCCUGACAGGCUUGCUUUUUAUGUGCAAGGUUGCUGCUGUUGCUUUGCUGUGGAUAAAAAUUUGGAGAUGAACACCACCUGCUGUUUGUAGUGGUACAGCCUGGAAUCAUCUUUACCACUUAGUUUGCUGUUCAUUGGAACUGGAUGGUGAAAUUGUGACUGCUGAUAUUACUCCACUCGGUCAAAGCUUCUGCCACUCGAGGAAACAGUGCAGAUGCAAAAGAAAUGUUUCCAAAUUAUAUGAGUUUUGAAGGGAGACACAUUUUCCUACUUCAGUUUAAUAUGCUAGAGGUCUCUGUUCACCUCUAGCCAUAUGUAACAAGUGAUGGCCACAAAUGGCCACCUCUUUAUCCAGAACACCUUCCAGGCAGUUGGAUGCUCCUGGAUUGUUCUCGCAUUUAGACCAGCAUCUGCAGCCACUUUGGCUAUGUAUGUGGAAGACUGCUUCAACAAAGUCUGCUUGCUGGUUCAGA